GGGGAGGAGCCCAGGGGGUUCUGAAAGAGGUCGGCAGCUGGGUGGGUCCGGGCGAUUGGCGUGCCCUUCAUUAAAGCGGCGGUGGCCGGCUUGGGUGCCGGCAGUGGGAAGCGACGGCGCAGUUGGAAAAUGCCGGUGCAUUCCCGAGGGGAUAAGAAGGACACGAACCACCACGAUGAGAUGGAGGUGGACUACGCUGAAAAUGAGGGGAGCAGCUCGGAGGACGAGGACACGGAGAGCUCUUCAGUCUCGGAAGAUGGAGAUAGCUCAGAGAUGGAUGAUGAAGACUGUGAAAGAAGAAGAAUGGAAUGUUUAGAUGAAAUGUCCAAUCUUGAAAAACAGUUUACCGAUCUCAAAGAUCAGCUUUAUAAAGAGCGAUUAAGUCAAGUGGAUGCAAAACUACAAGAAGUCAUAGCUGGAAAAGCUCCAGAAUAUUUGGAACCACUGGCAACGUUACAAGAAAAUAUGCAAAUUCGUACAAAGGUAGCAGGAAUCUAUAGAGAGCUCUGCUUAGAAUCUGUAAAGAACAAAUAUGAAUGUGAAAUUCAAGCUUCUCGUCAGCAUUGUGAGAGUGAAAAGCUUUUGUUAUAUGAUACGGUCCAGAGUGAAUUAGAGGAGAAGAUAAGAAGGCUUGAAGAGGACAGGCACAGCAUUGAUAUUACCUCAGAGCUAUGGAAUGAUGAACUUCAGUCAAGAAAAAAGAGGAAGGAUCCUUUCAGUCCUGACAAAAAGAAGCCAGUUGUUGUAUCAGGUCCAUAUAUUGUUUAUAUGCUGCAAGAUCUUGAUAUUCUUGAAGACUGGACAACAAUUAGGAAGGCAAUGGCUACACUGGGUCCACACAGAGUGAAAACAGAACCACCUGUGAAACUGGAAAAACACCUGCACAGUGCUAGGUCUGAAGAAGGAAGGCUAUAUUAUGAUGGUGAAUGGUAUAUACGUGGACAAACAAUAUGUAUUGAUAAAAAAGAUGAAUGUCCUACAAGUGCCGUAAUUACAACAAUUAACCAUGAUGAAGUUUGGUUUAAGAGGCCUGAUGGAAGCAAAUCUAAGCUUUACAUUUCACAGCUACAGAAAGGGAAAUAUUCAAUUAAACAUUCGUAAUCAUGAUUUAAGUGUUAUCUAAAUUUACCUUAUUAGUGUUACCAAGUGUGAUGUGCCACAAGAGUAAAAAAAAUGUAUUGAAUAAUUUAAUAUUCUCAUCGAAUCGUGGGAGGAUGUGUGUUUGUAGGUAGUACUCUAAGUAGAACUCAACAUUGAUUACAUUAUUAAAAGAAACAAUAAUAGAAGCUUAAUCAUGAUCACUUAUUAGUUUCUUAGGUCCAAUGACCAGUAGAUACAUGUGCUAGAGGUUUCUUUCUAUACUUUUCCUUCAUAUGCAUAUUUGUCUGCGUAUUUGUCUUAUUUUUAGUGAGCUGUAUUGCUAAAUCUCUAUAAUUAUCAGCAGUUUUGAAAAUUUCCAUAUUUUUGUCAUUCAUUGUGUGUUUGUAAAUAUGCCUGAUGAAAUGUUUCAUAUAAAUGGUUUGUACAAGUACAUUAGUGUUAAAUCAAAACUGAAAUUUAAACAUAUAUUUGUGACUAUGUAUAUAUAUGGCAUCAUCAGCCUAUUUAGGACUGAUGGCCUUACUUUACAAUCUUGUUUUACCCAAAAUUACGCCGUUGGGUUUGAAAGUUAAAAGGAGCACUUUUGUAGACUAGCAGAUUUACCUUUUCUUUCUUUCUUUUUUUAUCAUGGUGAUCUAUUUUUACAAAUUAUAAUGGUAAUUAGUAAAAUUGGUGUCAAGUAGUAACAUACUUCUACCUGUAUUUCUUGUGAACCUUUAGAGAGCAAUGUUUAUUGCUGGUAUUUAUGAUUCAGUAUGUAAAUGGUGGACAGUAACUGACAGUAUUGUGUGCUUGCUGAAUAUGUCUGAGCUUUUGGAACAGAUUUUUAGUAAGCGCUUUUCAGAGGUAAAGUUAGGUCCUUAUCCUAAUUUUGUUCCUAGGAUAAAAUAGACAGGGAGAGCAUCCUUGAAUCUAUUCCCAAAUUAUUAUUAUUUUUGUCUUCAAUGUUUUUACACUUUAAGGCCAUUUGGUGCAAUUUAGAAAGUGUUGGCCUCCUUUCCCUUACCUAUAUUCAAAAUUAACUUCUAAAGCCUCAGGAAUGGUUUUAAAGAGUCAAAACUCUCAAUGUGGCAGUACAGUUUGAUGUUGUGUAAUAUAUGUUUUAAGGUGUAACCAAAACAAGUAUUCCUGAUGGUAUUGUGCACUUUAAUUUUUAUUAUAGUGACAUUUAAGUGGAUGAGGAAGAAAUCUAGUUACUGACAUUUAGGGCAAGCAUAGCUGCAUUAUUCCGUUGUUUUUUCUCUUACCUCUGCAGACGUUUUCCUGUGCAUAUCACUACGUUACAGUUGCCAAAUUUUAAAAUAUUUGACUUCUGAAAUCAUUAUCAUUUGUUCAGUUUCUAAUUAACUUUAGCAAAUGUAUUCAGUGUCAUAAUCCAAUAGUAUUUGAUAGUACUUAUGUAAACAAUGUUUGAUAAGCAUUUUUAAUAAGAUUUGUAUUUUUAAAUUUAGUAUGUAAUAAAAAGAUGUGUUUGAGUGU